AUGAGGGACAGAGCUCGGAUACCGUUGCUGGCGAGGUCCGUCAAGGACAGAUUUACCUUAUAUUUGGGCGGAGCAGAUCCUUGGGCUGCUCGAAGCUGGUUGAAGAAUUUAGAGAGCACCUUUGGGUACCUGAGCUGCUCGGAUGAGGAGAAAGUGGAACUGGCAGCGUAUCAUCUCCGGGAUCAGGCAGUCACAUGGUGGGACAUGCAGAAGACGAUCUUUGGAGAGCAGCGUAUCACAUGGGCGAUAUUCCGAGACACAUUUGAGCGGCAAUAUUUCCCAGCGACCUUCUGUCUAGCUCGACGCCAGGAAUUUCUGAAUCUCAAGCAGGGCGACCGGUCAGUGAUGGAGUACAAUGCUGAAUUCUGUAGGUUGGCAGAAUUUUUUCCUCACUUAGUGGCACAAGAUUAUGAUCGUAUGCAACAGUUCACUCAGGGCCUUGCAGCAUACAUUCGGAUCCGGAUGUCAGGAUUUCCAGGUAGUUCCUAUCGGGAGGUUCUAGAUCGAGCACUAUUCAUAGAGAUGACUCAGCAGCAGGUAAAUCAGGAGAAAGGACAUGAAAAGCAGUUGUCACAAAAGAGAGGGAAUAAAGGUCAGAGUUCUCGGGCUCCUUCCGGAGGAUCUUCUCGGCCUCAGAAGACUGGGCGAACAUCGGAUGGAGGGGGAAUCAUCCUCUUAGUCACGUUCACAGAGGAGAUCGCAGAAGACUUAGAGUGCCCCACGUCAGCAACGCCCACAGCCUUCUCAGGGACAGAUAUAUCAUGUGCAGGGUCAGGAACCAGCGACUACACAGUAUUCUGCCGCAGUGUCUUCUCAUCAGGCAUUUCCAGCACAACAGGAUUGUCAUCCACAUCAGCCUUACUCAGCAUAUUAGCAGCAGCCUCAGUCUCAGUAUCAGCAGCCAGUUCCCGCACCUACGAUGCCAGCGCAGACCACUUCAGGGAUACCACAGCCGAGCUCAGAGAUUUAUUGAUAGAUACUGGUAGUUCCCAUUCAUUCAUAUCUCGAGUAUUUCUGGGUAAAAUCGGGAGAUUGCCUAGUCGUCGGACACACGGGCUGACAGUAUCUCUACCCUCUGGCGAGGUAUUGGAGAUGGUGGAAUUUGACAUUAUAUUGGGCAUGGAUUGGCUGGCCAUGAACCAUGCCACAGUUGACUGCAGAGCGAGAGUAGUCACAUUCCGACCUCCCGGUCUACCAUCGUGGACAUUCAUCGGAACUGGGGGUGAUGGGAUAUUAGUCAUAUCAGCAAUGCAAGCGAGAAGAUUACUGUUGCAGGGUUGUCAGGGAUAUUUGCUGUCCAUGGUUAAAGCUGAUACGGAUGCAUUACCACGACUCUCGGACGUUUCUAUUGUUCGAGAAUUUUCAGAUGUAUUCCCUGACGAACUCCCCGGGUUGCCUCCUAAAAGGCAAGUCGAGUUUACAAUUGAGUUGGUUCCGGGAACCGCACCGGUAUCCAAGACCCCCUAUCGCAUGGCACCAAAGGAGUUAGAGGAGCUGAAGGUUCAGUUGCAGGAGCUGUUGGAUAGAGGAUUUAUCUGUCCCAGUGUUUCUCCGUGGGGAGCACCACUGAAUGCGGUCACUGUCAAGAACAAAUAUCCACUGCCACGUAUAGAGGUUUUAUUUGAUCAGCUGAAGGAUACCUGUGUAUAUUCAAAGAUUGAUUUGCGCUCAGGCUAUCAUCAGCUCAGGGUUGGAGAUGCGGAUAUUCCGAAGAUAGCAUUUCGCACUCGUUAUGGUCAUUACGAGUUCUUGGUAAUGCCAUUUGGGCUUACCAAUGCCCCAGCAGUGUUCAUGGAUCUGAUGAACAGAGUAUUCCUCGAGUACUUGGAUCAGUUCGUUAUUGUGUUUAUCGAUGAUAUUCUCGUAUAUUCCCGAUCUGAGGAGGAACACAGGCGACAUCUUCGCAUAGUUUUGGAGAUGCUACGACGAGAACACCUCUAUGCGAAGUUUAGUAAAUGCACCUUUUGGCUACCUUCGGUGGGUUUUCUUGGACACGUUGUCUCCAGCAGAGGUAUAUCUAUAGAUCCACAGAAGAUUGAGGCCAUCACUAGUUGGGAGAAGCCGAAGACAGUACAGGAGAUUCGUAGCUUCUUGGGAUUAGCUGGGUAUUAUCGUAGCUUCUCCAGCAUAGCCUUGCCAUUGACACGAUUGACCCGGAAGGGAGAGAAGUUUAGCUGGACAAAAUCUUGUGAGCAGAGCUUCCAGGAGCUCAAGCGGAGGCUUGUUAUUGCACCAGUGUUAGUACUCCCCUCUGGCAUGGAUGGAUUUGUACUCUUCACAGAUGCAUCAUAUCAGGGAUUGGGUGCCGUACUUAUGCAGCGCGAUCGUGUGGUGUCAUAUGCCUCACGUCAGCUGAAAGAUCAUGAGAGGAAUUAUCCAGUUCAUGAUUUGGAGUUGGCAGCUAUCAUCUUCGCACUGAAGAUUUGGCGACAUCAUUUAUAUGGGAUCACCUUUGAGAUUUAUACAUAUCAUAAAACCAAAGUGGUGGCUGAUGCUUUGAGCAGGAAAUCCCGUGGAGUUUUGGCAUGCCACCGAGUGAUGGUUACAGAGUUGAUGCAGAGCUUCUCUGAGUUGGGGUUGAUGGAGCAAGCACAGACAGAGCGAGGCUUGCUAGUCACCAUGGUUGCUCAGUCACCUAUAGUGGAGCGUAUCAAAGAGGCUCAGGUUACGGAUCAGCAUCUGCAGUUUUUACGUAGCAGAGUUACCUCAGGACAGCAGACAGAGUUUACCUGUGAUGAUAGUGGAAUUCUGUAUUUCCGCGGCAGAUUAUGUGUCCUUGAGUCACAUCCUGUUCAGGAGGACUUAUUACGGGAAGCACAUCGAUCUAGAUUUGCGAUUCAUCCAGGAGGUACUCGCAUGUACAGGGAUCUGAAACGAUCAUACUGGUGGAAUGGUAUGAAGAAGGAUAUUGCGGCAUUUGUGGCGCAGUGUUUAGUUUGUCAGCAGAUUAAGGCAGAGCAUCAGAGACCAGCUGGGUUAUUGCAGAAGAUAGAAAUACCGGAAUGGAAAUGGGAGCAUAUCACGAUGGACUUUGUGGUAGGACUACCCCGGACCCGGAAGGGUCAUGAUGCGAUUUGGAUGGCACCAUUCGAGGCAUUAUAUGGCAGAGCAUGUAGAUCUCCUACUUUAUGGGAUGAGGUUGGAGAAUCGUCAGUCUUGGGCCCCCAGAGUAUUCAGCGAGAUGCAGAGUUGGUUGGCACCAUCAGACGCAGAAUGUCAGAAGCCCAGGACCGACAGAAAAGCUACGCGGAUCGGAGAUGGAGACCUUUAGAGUUUUUUGUGGAUGAUCAUGUGUUCCUGCGAGUGUCUCCUACCAAGGGAGUUAGGAGAUUUGGAUUAAAAGGGAAGUUAGCUCCUCGUUACAUCAGACGCUUUCAGAUACUUGAGAGGAUCGGUGAGGUAGCAUAUCGACUGGCGCUGCCUCCUUCACUUGCCGGGGUGCAUGAUGUAUUUCACGUAUCUAUGUUGAGGAAAUAUGUACCACACCCUACGCAUAUUUUGAUAGAUGUCUCGAUCACCCUUCAGCCAGAUGUAACAUAUGAGGAGGUUCCAGUGCGGAUAUUGGAUCGUAAGGAACGCCAGCUGCGAAACAAGACAAUCCGAUUGGUCAAGGUUGGAUGGGAGCAUCAUUCAGAUGACGAGGCAACCUGGGAGCUGGAGGAUGAGAUCCGAGCACGGUACCCGCGGUUGUUUGAUGAAGGUAUGUAG